AUGUUGAUUAGCAGCAUUGGCCUCAUGAUUUAUUUUGCUCUUGUCGGUGUACUUGGUACCAUAGGCAAUAGCAUCAUUCUGUUUGCUUAUUUUAACCAAUGUGGAGCAUCAACAUCUACCACAUUCAUCGUUAUUUUGGCUUGUGUCGAUUUAUGGACAUGUUCUGUUGUUAUACCAUGUAUCGGCAUUAUGGAAUAUAAUGACUUUGGUGUCAAUACAUUAUUAUGUCGGUUUUAUUCGUUCUCUAAAAUAAUCAUCAUUGUCUCAUCAUUCAUUAUGUCAGCUAUUGCAUUUGAUCGAUUUUUUAGUAUUGCCUUGCCCCAUCUUCGAAUAAUGACACCACGUUUUGUUAAAGUAUUAUUAACAAUAUUAAUUUCAAUCGCCAUAUUUCUCGGUAUAUUAACUGCUCUUGCGUUUUCAUCUCAACCGUGGUCAUUAACAUAUGCCAUAAACUACACAAUCUCAUUUAGUGACAAUAACUCUAUUGCAAAAUCAAAAGUUUUUGUGUCCGGCCCAACUGAUGAUAUAGCAACAUUGAAACAAUCAGUUAUUCUGUCUUAUUUAUCUAACAAUAGUACUCCAAAAUAUUUGAAUAUGACGAAUUUUUCAUUUGAACAUGUUAAUACACGUGUACGAUGUUUUGCGGAUGUAACAACUAUUUCAGACAAUUUUCGUGAAAUAUUAAAACAUGUAUCGAAUAAAAUAUUUUUUCUUUGUAUUGCAAUCGUCACUGUAUUGUACACAAUUACGUAUAUUCUUGCGCUAAAACGACAAGCACCACGUUUACGAGCGUUAAAACAAAGUAUCAAUGUUCUAGAUCGCUAUGAUCGAUAUGAUAGUGUAUUACAAAUGAACAAUAAUCCCAAUGAUGGAACAACAGCGCCGGCAAAAUCACCAUCGUGUUGUACACGAUUAUUUUUUAAUCCUAACCAUUUAACAACACCAACAACGAGAAAAUUACCUGACCAUAGAGGCGAGUUAUCAAGUUAUGAUGAAUAUGAAUUGAAUUCACUUGAUGCUAAAGUCAAAAAUAUUGGGAAAAACCUAGCAAAAGAUUUGUCAGUAUCUCCAUCAGAAGAAGAAACGAUAGUUCCAUUACAUCAUCAACAAAAAACCGUCUCAUUCAAUAUUGAGCGACCAAAUACACUCAAGGAUGAUAAGUGUAUAUCGUCACCUAUAAAUUUUGAAAAAAAUAACAAUACAACCCGCUAUAAACUCAAUUGUCUUGGUGCACACCGACAAAUUCUUGUCACAAUUCAUUUGCAACGUCCAAAAUUUCCAUUUGCUUUUAUGCAACGGAGACAGCCGAUUCAGUCACCGAUUAUCAGCAAUUCAGAUGGAGUAAAAGAAGCAAAUACAUUAUCAAUAAGUUCAAAUAGUGGUACUUUAAAACGACAACUAAAACGACAUCGGAUUAAACAAAUACGAAUGGCAUCAACAUUUCUGAUAAUUACUUUGUCAUUUAUUGUCUUUUAUCUACCAUCGAUACUGAAUGCUGAAAGAAUCAUAAAAUCACCAAUAUGGAUCUAUUAUUUAUAUUUGUCUACACAUGCUCUAAAUCCGAUUAUUUAUUGUUUUAUGAAUGAAAGUCUAAGACUGUACGUUCUGUCAAUGUUAAAAUGUGCGCAAAUAAACGCACUUAACAUAACAAAUUUUGAAAGAUCAGUUAAUACAAGAUAA